GCAACGCUGUACAUAAAUGCCAGCCUGGCUGCGCACGCGAUGUGCUUCAGCAAAGCGGAUUCGCCGGAUAACUACUCCUUUGGAACAUGUCAACAGAGGAAGCUCUUUCCUCAAUACUACCCCCCAAACUUGUUGGGGAACAAGUUUAUCCCUCUUCGAGGAGCGCCCCACAGAGGGCCUGGAUGUUACAUAGCAGAAGAUAUGUAUGGAUUGGCAUACAACCUCUCUAGGAUCCCAACCAGUAGAAGAGGAUAUACUUUUGGCGCCAGGACAGCUGUGAGGUUUAAGUCAAUCAACAAGGACAUGAUGCUUUACCCUGGCAUGUACCAGACUGCACAUCCUCGGGAGCAAAAACACAAACAAAAUUUUGCUCCAUUUAAUGUGAUGCUUUGUAUUUUUAUUUCUAGCCCUGGCACAUACAACCCAGAGAUGAAGCCCCCCAAAAAAAUCACCUGGCCAAUGAAAUUUGGAUCUCCAGACUGGGCUCAGGUUCCAUGCCUACAGAAAAGAACCCUAAGAACGGAGAUGCUGGCACCUGGGGAGCCCCAGCUGCGGGCUGCAGAGCAGCAGAGGACCCCUGCCAGCAGAGCCCUGUUCCUCAAAUAUCGGAUCCUAGGUCUCUCCACUAAAGCCCAGUAUGGGUCCCCUUGA